AUGAAGACAUUUUCCGUACAUUCCAGUUUUCCCCAACUGAUAUUGUUGAGCUUCAAUAUUCAGUUCCAGGUUGUGAAGUCUGUUCUGCGUAAUGAUCGUGAUUUCCAGAUGCUGUUUUGCUAUGCUAGAAUACAUAGGCUAGAGUGUGUUGAUAUUUCAGUUUUAAAGAUUGGGGGAGGUUGUAGGAGAAACUGUUCACUGGAUAGUGGUUCGGAAGUUAUUGAUGAAGAUGAUUAUUUGGGUGAUGCAUUCAGGACUGAAGUUCACAAGACGUAUUUGUCUGAUGAGUGGAGUUCUUAUAUUCAUAAUGUCGGGGAUAAGUUUCAUGGCGCUGCUGAGCUCCAUGAAAAGCUUAGGAAGUAUGCAAUUGCAGUUGAUUUCGAGUUUGUAUUCCUGAGAAAUGAUUUGGAUCGUAUUCAUGCAGUCUGUGCAAAUGUUGGAACUGAAGGUUGUGAUUGGCAUCUUCGUGCUUUUUCAUCAUCUGCCAAUGAUUAUAUUGAUAAGUACUUUCAUGUUGAUAUGUUCAAGAAGAGCUACAGUUUUCCUAUCCAUCCGAUAACCAAUGUUGAUAUGUCUUCUUCGGAUUCUGCUUCUGAAUGUAUAUUACAUCCCCUUGCGAAGAGGCCCCCCGGGAGGCCUAGGGUGAAGCGGUUCAAGUCGGUUGGAGAGGUUGAAAAGAAUCUGAUUCGUUGUGGUCGUUGUGGCAAAAUGGGCACUCAUAACAAGUUGAGCUGCACUGAACCUCUCGUUCAGCAGUAG